GCCCUUUGUGCUAAAACAACACAAGCCCAAAUUAGAGUUCAGAGCUGACCUUGGAACAAAGUGCAAGUCAGCAAAGUUUCUCUCUUCUCAUCGCUGACUCUCUGAGGCAUUUACGCAAACACUUAACAGACAACAUUCAGUUCAAACGCCAUUUUCAAAGGCCGCCAAGAAGAUGCAGAAUUUGAAAAGUUCUAUUCUGAGGCAUGUUAGACUUCAGGCCUCUUUGAGAAAUUGGUCACUUGUUCAAAAUACUAGUGGACUAAGCAAAUACAGCAGGCAAUUCUGCUCUACAGUGGGAAACGAGGGCGAUGACCGUGUAAUGGAUCGAGUGAUUGGCUUGGUCAAGAAGUUUAACCAAACUGACACUGCUAAGGUAACUGAAACAACUAAUUUUCAAAAGGAUCUAUGCUUGGACAGCUUGGAUAGAACGGAGCUUGUUAUGGCCGUUGAGCAAGAGUUCUCCAUCGAAAUCCCAGAGGAAGAAGCUGAUAAGCUUACUUGUUGUGCUGAUGUUGCCAACUACGUAAUAGCUGGAAGGAAGCAGAGUGCUGCCCAGAGUUCCUGAUGUUCUCCAGGUGGAAUUGAAACGUGGGACUCAUUGCUGUGACAAUAGCGCCAUCCGAGUGAGCCAUCAUACAAUAUUUGGGUUUCUCAGCCACUUUACCUGUGCAAUUACUUUGAAAUGCCACUUACCAUGACAUCUAUUGCUCAUCCUUCUGUUUCUUCAUGCAAGCUGCUGAAUUCUCAGACAGUGUAUGCUGCAGUGCCAACCCUCUUACCAUAUAUGUACGCUUUCCAUUUCUGGUCGAUGCUAGCUUGAUCUCCUUGUGUUUACUAGCAGAAGCUGAUUGAUGGCAAGAUGAAUCCUUAGGUAGAUCUAGGAUCUUAACUGAGCACGCCUUGUCCAAGUCUGGGAUUCCAUGUAGAUGAGAGGGAAGGUCAAUUGUGAAGUCUCCAAAAUUGUCUGUAACAGCUUUAACCCAAUGGGUGCUUUUGUCUUUCUUGGUAUGACAUGCAACUCCCACCAAGGCCCCUGCAAACAAUUAGUAAACCACAAAAUUUAUAAAGUUUUCGUUGAAGAUCCAUGUGUAGGAAACGUUCAGAAGUCGUAAGAAAAUCUUUGAAUUAGCUGAUUAUCUAACGAGUUGUUUAUUCUGACAUAAGGUUUUUUUUCUUGUUUCUGGUUGAGGACCUCUUCUUUUGAUUGCUUAGUUAUGAUUGUAUGAUGAUAUCUUCA